CGGACUUUUGUCACACCCUGUAUAUUACCUGGAUUGACGGUCUAACGGCCGAUCCCAAUAUUCAAUCUUAGUCGGAAAACUCCAAUCAAGCUUGAAACGCUCCAAUAAAAUCGAGCUGCCGCUCAACAGCUAGUCGAAGGAUGUUUUAUAUGGGAAAUUAACAAGGAAAAUCCAGUACAUUAUAUUCACACAAACUUUUAUUACUAAUUUGAUAACAAAAUAUUCGAUACAUUUUAGAUACAUACAAUACGAAAACAAUCAAAAUGUCUUGAAUAAGUAGGUAUUAGUACACAACCUUAUGUUAAAGAAUUACAGAUACGAAGUGGUAACCGCGUAGCGCCGAUUCAUGCCUUUACAUAUUUGUAAUUGUUUAAAUAUUCUUCUUUAACGCACCAUGAAAAAGUUGAUGGUCCGGACUCUAAUAAAGGAACAAUCAGUUGGACUUGUAACGCAGUUUUGUUCGCAUCACUCAAAUGAUGUUAUUCCGUGAACAGAGACAAAAAACAGCAUAACAAAUCCAAACUUAUUGUUCAUGAAUAUUCAUAAGGGUGUCCUCGAUCUUGACAGUAGUACUUGCUAUCAAUCUCCUCACAGCUAAGAUGUCGAUCUCAUUUAACGAUUGUCAAAAACAACAGACCAGCAACUUCUUCGAUAGUGCGUUUCUUGACGAUUAAUGCAAAUAACAUACGCAACUCGCGCUGGGUACACCUCCAUGGAACAUAAUGAAGUGUAUCGUAGGAAUUCACCUGUCAUCAUUAUUAAGUUUUACAUGGGAAUUCAAUGCAUGGUUUUCACAAUAACUAUUUUAGCAGGCUCUAAUUUACAAAUUAAGGUUACCGUUUCAUAAACUGCCCGAUGACAAACUGGGUAAAUUCCUACAAUGCAUAUUUCUUCAUUCCGUUUAGGCCUCGUCAGUGGAUACAGUUUGAUAUAGAUAACAUCUUUAUUGCAUUGCAAUAACAGCGAUAUUCGUUGUAGGUAGGUACAAAUGCGUCCACCGCAAAGACUGACAGGCCACGUCCAUGUGGUUGGUUUCCAUUCGAUCAGAGCACAAAUUGUAAGUUGUAUUGUAAUAGGCCAGCGACACGCAGACAACCAGACAUUCUUAUAAAUAACUGCCGCGUGGACACUUCAUUCAGUCUUCUCGUUACACUCAGCUCGUACAGAACUUUACUAACAACUUAACCUCUAUUAGGACAUAAUGUUUAUGUAAAUACAAUUUAGACCAUCAUAGUAGGCCCCGAAACAUUAUACUGAUUGCAACUGAAAAAGAGAUCGUACUGAGUUUUACAGUAUGAAAAGUUACAAAGCAAACAUCACAGUAGGGGACUUCACGCGGACUAGCUAUAGUCAAUCUGACAACGCAACAAAAAUAUACGUAUUACAAUACCAAACUGUAAACCAUAGGAGACAGCGGGCUGACUCAAUAUACUCCUGGAUGAGCAGACAGUUAAUACUGAUAUGCCGCGAAAAUUAAGAAUUCCUAAAACCUUUCAGUCGAAAGUACGUUAAUGGACCCAAAUACGACGAUACAGUUGGUAAAUCAAGUUGGCUAACAUUAGAUAUCUAAUUUCAUUACGCUACUUUUCAAUUUAUUCCUAAUAAAUACAGAUCAAAACCGUAACCACGAUAAAUGUCAUCUUCAAUAUAAUGUAUAACGAGUAAACAACGAUAGAUAUGUCUCUAUAAUUUAGGUACUUUUUUGACGAUACAAAAUUUACUUUUAUCUAAAGGCGAACCACCAAAGCGUGACAGACGCGGGGUUUAUUGGUUAAAAACCUAGAUAAACACUGUUCCACCGGGUCGGACCGCAGUGGAAGUCCGCAUUACCUGAAAAGCCUUAUUCCCUAGUAAUACUUAGUGCUGUGCUGUAGUGGAAUAGAUUUUUACUAAUUCCUAGGUAUGUGGAGAGUCGUUGGGGCCAUCUUGCUGGGGCUAUGGUUAUCGGAUGUAUUGAAGCGUGAUGGCAUUCGAAGUAGGGUGGGGAGGAGUAGAGUUGCAGGCGAGUGUGGGUGUUGAUGGCGCGGGAAUCACUUGAUGGAGCAGGCGAAGUGCGCGCGCAGCCGCCGUGCCGCUCCACAGGAGGGGGGGGAGGAGUAGAGUUGCAGGCGAGUGUGGGUGUUGAUGGCGCGGGAAUCACUUGAUGGAGCAGGCGAAGUGCGCGCGCAGCCGCCGUGCCGCUCCACAGGAGGGGGGGGAGGAGUAGAGUUGCAGGCGAGUGUGGGUGUUGAUGGCGCGGGAAUCACUUGAUGGAGCAGGUGAAGUGCGCGCGCAGCCGCCGUGCCGCUCCACAGGAGGGGGGGGGGGGAGGAGUAGAGUUGCAGGCGAGUGUGGGUGUUGAUGGCGCGGGAAUCACUUGAUGGAGCAGGUGAAGUGCGCACGCAGCCGCCGCAGUGCCGCCGCGCCGCUCGACGACGUCUCCUGUCAUGCCACGGACACGUUUUAAUCGGACAUGGAUUAUGUAUCUCAAACGUACGGUCUUGAUCACAGAUUAUUGUUUCAUUAAUGUCGCUACUGCUGGGGCACAGACUUUCCCUAUGGAUGGAAUAGGGAGAUUGGGCCAUGACCCACCACGCAGGCCCAGUGCGUGGCCAGUGGUGUGUGGUAACUGCAGAAGCAGGCGGGACUAACGGCUUAAAAUGCCUUCCGAAGCACGGAGGAGCUCGAGAUAGUAAAUUUUUUGUCAACCAUCUUAUGACCGACCACUGUGAAAAUUGCUUAAAUUUAACGAUCGCAGCCAAACGCGCUAACCGUUGCGCCGUAAAACGAAAUAUUUUCCUACGGCAUCAUUCUACACCAUUACACCCCUGUGGAGCUCUGGACCCGACACAGAAGGAACAUGCAUCAGAAUAUUGCUAUUUGCUCUUAAAUCUUAGAGAAUAGCUGCUGCUAAAGGUACCCUUUGCCCAGGAUUUCUCGUACGAUGGCUACAUAGUGCACAGUGGAGUUCUGCCUAUAUUGUAGGGAAUGAAGGAGGACCCAUCUGGGAGAAGACUAGAUUUUUAUGAUCCUGCUAUAGAAAAAGUCUUUUAUUUUGAAAUCAGUCGUCAGUUACUUGUUAUAAACAAUUUUAAAAAAUAGGGUGAAUGCACAAUUGGAAAGUAAGUAAAAAUAACGCUUACGUGGAAAGUUGUUGAAGGUGAAACGUCAUUAUCGUUUUCCAGGUCAUCUGAAAGACAAAGUGUGAAAUAUAAAUACCCUUACUCUUUUCUGACUAUGAAACUCAACUACAUUAUUUAGUACAUGUCUCGACAAAUAUUUUUAAAAAUGUACUUUAUAAUAAGUCAAACAUUUCUUGAGUGGAUUCGAACCCACGAUAUUUUGCUAUCUGCAACUCCUGGCAACCGCAUUGAAGAACACACCGCAAUGCUAAUAAAUGAGUUUAUUUUAUUCAUAGGUCCGAUCUAAUGAUUCGCCGCAUUUGAUGAUAGUGACGGUGGAGUCCAGACGCGAGUUUAUAGACGAGAAAAUAGUUUGCUUCGAUACUAAACAUAAUGUAGGUAUUAAAAAAACGAGCGAGCCUUACAAUAGUCGCGUACGAUGUGUAACGUUUGAAACCUCACCUUUUAUUAAUAAAAAAAGAAUCAAAAAUUACUACUAAAAGAAAUAAGCCAUUUGAACAUUAUGUUCUUAAAUAAAAUCAAAUAGCGCGCGCUUCCCAAACUUCCUGUUACACACUUCCGUCCCACUUCACGUAAUCACUCCCACAAAUUGCAUGAAAGUAAGAGCAAAGUUGUUACACAUCAAAAACUCGGCCGCAGCUCAUGCACGCGUUUAGUGGCCGUCACUAGAGGCUCAAUGUGCGCUUGCUCUAAAGCUAUGCACGUGAACAGCAGUCGUGAUUGAAUAGGCUUACCCGGCGUAACAUGUACAGCCGCGGAGGCAGACGAGGGUGGUUGGUUGCCGUUGUUGUCGUGGCUGGCGGAGGCGGGUCGGUCACCGCUAGAGGAGUCGAGCUCGAGGGAGGACUGCGACGCGCCCGAGCCCGAGCCCUCCCCCUCAACUUCCCCCUCCCCCUCCGACGAAGUCCAUCCGCCCGACCACCCCGCACCGCCCUUGUCACAACCAAACCGUCAUGAAAAUCAUUUAACAAUCAUUUUUCGAAGUGAAUGUCACUAAAAUAUUUUCCGCGUUUGCUUUUUUAUUGUUAUUAGAAAAAUCAGUCUGUCAACAAACAUCUGUGGUUCAGUGACAGAAAGCUCACCUUCCAAGCAGGCGUCCCAGGUUUGAUACCAACCGAAAAAAACUUUAUGUUUUCAAUUUUCAUAAGUCAGAGUAAUAUCUACUAUAACAGUAAUAUUGAUUAUAAGUAGGUAUUAACACUCUAAAGUUUCACUCGUAUCGUGAAUCCAGGAUUCCAUGCCCUUCGAUCAACAAUAACGCAGAACUUUUUUAUAAAUGAAAAGUUUGUACAUUAAGCAAUUUUCACACUUGCCGGUCAUGAGACGAGUGACCAUAAAUUUAUUAUCACGAGCUUCUCCGUGCUUCGAACGGAAGGCAUGUUAAGUAGUUGGUCAUAGCUGCAUCGGCGAUUGUAAGCACCCACCGACCCGUAAUAGCCCUGCCUGGUGGGUUGGCAUAGCCUAUUCUAUCCAUAGGAAAGGCCUAUGCCCUAUCAGUGGCGCCAUCAUUAACAGGUUGAAGUGAUAGAAUAAAGAAUGAUAAAUAUGUUUACAAACCCGAUGACUCCGUACAGGUGAAGUCAUAAUAUAAGGCAGUAGUGGGGUGGCGCGAACCUAUGACAUGUUUGACUCACAGUGGGGUACGUGGGAACGCUGUCCUAUAGGACGUAUUUUAUCGCGCCUAACUGUCAAACUCAACGAUAUUAAAUACCCUAGAUAAACCACGUGCACUCAAAAUGUGUCCCAAACAAGAAAUGCUUGAACACCACUCAAGCACCUAUUGGUUCACAGUCACGCGCGGACUGCUGAAAAGUCAAGAUGCCGCAGAGCUCCGUGAAAAAAUACUUGUAGUACGUAAAGUGUCGUUUUUUCGACAGGUAUAAUCAAUGUUUGUUAAUUUAACACAUUUAAAGCAAAUUUUGUGCUAAUUCUGACUAUAAACUGAAUAGAAAAUAUAUGUGAUAUUCAAAUGUAUGGUCGGUAAUAUAGCAGUCUCUUUUACUCGCGGUCCGUACCUGCUAUUUUGCUGACAGCGUAUUCAAAAUUGCGCGUAGAGACAAAGAAAUAAGGUAUAUUCUUAUUUUAUAUUAUAAUUAGGAUAAUGUUAUAUUAUUCCGCAUAUAGCAUUAUCUCGUAAACAAGCUUGCAAUUCGAUCUGUCAUAAGUCUUUAGGGUAGUUCUCUGAUUUCGUGCAAAUCGCCUUUACUUACUAAUAAAAAAAUAUAUCAUGUAAAUACAAACAUUUCUUUACAGACAUAUGAACGGAAAUACGUUAAGCUAGGAAUGCCCCGAAUAUAAAAAUAAUAUGUUAAACGACAGAAAAGAUACAAUAAUUUUUCAGGUCAAAAUCUCACUACCUUCAGUGUCUUAAACAAGGAUAUUUGUGAAAACCACAUAAAAAUUCAAAGAUUGCAUUGUUUUACAGACGUAUGAUUUAUAUAUAAAAUCACACACAUCCUAACGAUUAAUUAUGUCGCAUUUCAUAGAUAAUAUACUCUUCCAUGUAUUAAAAAAAAAAUAUCGUAAAUUUGUCACGGAAAAAAGUUGAUUACCUUCAGCCGUUCUUUAAACAGUUCUUGUUCCUAAUCUGUGCACACCAGGAUUACGCACCCCCUCGGCCCUGCGCUCACGUCGCUCAGUCGACCCAAUAACAUCAAGUAGGGAGGACGCGCGCCCAAUUUACCAUAGUUAUAGGUAAAAAAGUGAGCGGGAUUUUCGUUUGUCACGAGUUUAUAUUCUUUACCAGGAACCGCAUUGCGAGCAAGCAGUAUGGCGAAGAUUAAAAAUAAAAAAACACGAGAAGAAAAAUUAGCUCAGGCUAGGCGCCACAAAAAAGAAAAGUACGAAGAAUUGAAGAAGGAUCCUAUUAAAUAUGCUGAACAAAAAGAAAAAGAAAGAUUAAGGUACCUGAAACGAAAAGAACAAAAUAAAAUCAAAAACAUUAAAGACUUAACUCCAAGGCAACAAAGGUUGCAAAGGAAAAAAUGGCGUGAAAAUGCUAAAAAAUAUACUGAAAAAAAGAAGAGAAACAAACAGAUAGAACAAAUGUUGAUUGAAAACUCUCCUCCUACAAGCGAUUCAGAAGAAGUCAAUGCUAGAAAUGAACAUCCUCAAACACAAGAUUUGGACCCUCUAGAAGGUUCAUCAGAAAAGAAAGAAAAUCUAGAAGCGGCAUGCACAGACUGUAUUCAAUAUAAAAGAAAACUGAGAAGAUUGCGAUACUUACAUGUGAAAAAACUUGGGAUUUUGAAAAAGAAACUUGAAAGGGAAAGAAAUAAACGAAAAUCCUUAAAUAAAAAGCUAGAAAGAGUAAGAUUCGAUAAUAAAAGGUCUCAGAAAAAUAAUCCGUCAACAGAAGAGAAAGUGGACUCACUGAUUUCUAAUAUAAAUGAAAAUAGUAAAGAACAAAUAAAAAAGAAAUUAAUAUUCGGUGAGGUUUUGAAAAAAGAAUUAACUAAAGGGUUCCAAACUUUAAAGAAGAAAGAUAGGCGUCAAUUUAGCAAUAUAGUAGUAAAGGACAGGGAAAAUUUUAAGAAACAUAAAAUAUUGCUUUCUACAAGUUCUUUUACAGUAAGAAACAGCAAAUUAGAAGCUGAGAUUGCAGAAAACAAUAUUAAACAAGACGUGAAUGACUUCUUUGAAGAGGAUGACAAUAGUAGACUUGCGGCAGAUAAAAAGGAAUACAUUAAAAAGGGCAGAAUAACUAAACAAAAACGCUAUCUUUCGGAUACGUUGAUUAAUCUCCAUAAAAAAUUUUUGGCUACUCAUAGUUAUGCUCUUGGAUAUUCAACGUUUUGCAGAAUUCGACCAUUUUGGAUCGUUUAUCCAAAAGAAUCCAACAGAAAUACUUGUUCGUGCAUAGUACAUAUCAAUAUGGAUCUUUUGAUUAAAUCUCUCCAAAAACACAAAAUAAUAAGAGAAACAAACGGUUCUCUAUUACUUGAGAGCCUUUGUUGUGAUAUUCGCAGCGAAAAUUGUUUGAGCAGAAGAUGUGAGACAUGUUCUAAAAGAGUAAUUAAUUAUUUGGAAUUCGAAAAUAAUAAAUACAUUAAAUAUCACGAAUGGGGUACACAAAUUGUUAAAUAUAAUGUUAAAGGAGAAGAUAAAUAUUCAAAGAAAACAACAAAGUUGCAACUGCAAGAUCUGCCCCGUAAUUUGAUUAAAAAACUUGAAGAUUCAUUGCCACACUAUUUGAAACAUUCUCUAAAUGUUAUCGUACAGUAUAAAAAUAUUGACGCACUUAAAAAGUCCUUGACUCCUAAAGAAGUACUCAUUCAUAUGGACUUUUCAGAAAACUACAACACUAAGUUUCAUGAAGAAGUUCAAAGUCGACAUUUUGGUAGUAGUCCAGAACAAAUUACUCUACAUACUUCAGUAUCUUACCUUAUUGAACCUGAAACGGGAUUGUUAAAAACAUACAGUAUGUGCACAGUUAGUGAUUGCUGUAGACAUGACGCGGAAGCUAUAUGGGCCCAUGUGAUCCCAAUAUUAGAACAUGUCAAAGAUGUUACUCAUAUUGAUACAGUACAUUUUUUAACUGACAGCCCAUCGAGUCAGUACCGCAACCGAAAAAUAUUUUAUAUCAUCAGUCAGCUCCAGCAACAGUUUCCAGAAUUAAAAGCAGUCUCUUGGAAUUAUUUGGAGAGUGGGCAUGGUAAAGGUGCUCCCGACGGUAUUGGCGCCGUCAUUAAGCGAACAGCUGACAGUACUGUCCGUUUUGGGAACGACCUUGGAACCUUACAAGACUUUUGGAACAUCCUAAAGCUAAAAAUUAAAAACGUGGAGUUGCGUAUGAUCACAUAUGAAGAUAUCGAGGACAAAAAAAUACCGAAAACUGUUAAAAUGUUCAAAGGCACAAUGCAAGUGCACCAAGUACUGUGGUCUUCAUCUAGCUUAAGCAUGACUUUUAGAAAACUAAGUUGUUUUUUUUGUCCGAAUGGCUGCAUAUGUACUCACGGAUAUCGUUUAGGCUAUAUGGACAUCUUAAAAGAUGCCAAUUGUAUAAAUCAGCAACAAGAUCAAAUCUUGCAAGAAUUUCUUGACUCCAAUACCACUCCAGAACUUAUAGAAAACUCAUCUGAAAGAAUACUAGCUGAAAAUGUAAUAGGGAGUAACGAGAAUUUAGAAGGGAAAUUAACUUCAAAACAUAUAGACCCCCUGGCAAAAAUUACAAAAUCUCCGAAAGUAAUGAUACUUUCUGAUGUUCGUUUAGAUUGGACAAACACUCCGUUUUACAAACCAAACCAGGCUAUAAAAACUUGUGCUACGAAGAACUUUUUUAACGCAUUUACGGAAUUUAUAACGAAUGAAGGACAGUCAAGUAGUACUGGGAAUUCUUUAAAAGAAACUUAUAAAAUAAAAAGUGUAGAAGACAAGGAAAAUGAAAUUGGAAUAAGAGAAUAUGAAAGUAGCGAUGACGACGAGUUUAAAAUAUUUUGAUUGUGUAUUUACAUCGAUGCCUAUGCGUCAUAGAUAUCUAACGUUUAUUUAGACUAUUAUGUUGGCACUAUCCCACUUGAUUAAUAGUGCUAACAGAAUAGUCAAAACAACCGUUGACGUUCGAUUUUUUUACUGAAUUUUAAUUUCGAUAAUAUGGUUUUUAGAAGAAAGAAAUAUUUUUGUUAUCUUUGUUUUAAGUUAGACGCAAAAGCUGCCGACGACGGAGACUAUAAAUAUUAAACUAAUAAUUAGUUAGCGGGUUUUAAUUUAAAAAAAAUGACAAGUUUUAUGAAAGUAUUUUAUGCUUUUUUUAUUUUCAGAAACAGAAAUUUUAUAUGAAAGUAAAGAUUAGAAACCAAAGACAUGAUUAAGUUC